AUGGGCGCCGUCCUGCCACCCCUGCUGGUCCCGGACGUGAGCAGCCAGCUGGAACUGCUGAAUAAUCUGACCAAUGCCAACCUGAGCACUGCCCUGCAGCAGGCCAACGAGACGCUGAACAAGACCCCCACGAAGGUAGAGGAGCAGGCGCAGAAGGUGGUGGCGGACGCACGGAGCCAGCUGGCUGAGGUCAGGCGGAAGAUUGGUGGGGUGCGGAGUGAGAUCCCGGUGCUGGACACGCUGGGGAACGUCACGGCCGCACUGGACACCAUUGGCGGGCAGGCCAAGGACUACGAGCCGCAGGUCACCACCUACGACGGCUACAGGUGGAUCGUGGGCGUCUGUCUCUGCUGCCUGGUGCUGCUGAUCGUCCUGUGCUACCUGCUGGCCCUGGUGCUGGGGGCUCUCGGGCUGAAGCCGUCGGUGCUGCCCACCGAGCGCGGCUGCCUCUCCAACUCCGGCGGGGACUUCUUCAUGGC